AUGUCUAGUAAACAAAGUACCACGUCUGCCAAGAAUUCUGCAAACCAAGCUUCGAGUAUCAACAUGAAUCACCAGCUUCUUGAAUUUGAUACCAAAAAGAAGUUUCUGCGCAUAACUCUGGACUUCAUGAACGAUAUAUCGCCGACGGUCUUUGAGAGUUUAAUCAAGACUUUACCAAAUUAUCGUCAUCGAGUGACAAGCAUCACCAUCAGGAUGGUUUUUAAACCUAAAGACAAGGACGACCUCAAUCAUACCAAGGCACGCCGUGAGAUCCUCGAGGAUGUGGUACAUCAAAUCAACAACUUCACCCGUAUGGCCAUACUUUGUUUCGUUCUUAACCUCGACUAUCUCAGCCUCAGCCAGAUCGAACCUGCAAGCGCGAUCUAUGGAUUGAACUUCAAGUCAUGGACUUUUGAUAUCUUGACUGAUGAUGUGGAACAUGUUCAACAUAAUAGCGCCAUUGAUGUAUCACUGAGAGCUCAUUUCGAAAGGAAUGCAUUAAUGAAAGAAUGUGCUAGAUUUAGGCGCAUGUUUGCCAGAGAUUUUAGCCUGCGAGAUCUUUGGCCUUGA